AUGUUACCCCUCGUACAGAUGCACCAGAUGGUGCAACCUCCGCUUGACUUCCUCGGGCCUCACCACCAUCAUGGCCACCCAAAACCGGACUACUCAUCACAUUAUCACGAGUCCCAACUCUCACAACAGUCACAGUCUUUCCAUCCCCAUAGCUCAACCCCGCGAGCAUUCGCCAUCCGAAGCGCCCAGCAUGCCCCACCCCUGCACCGCAUCAGGACCAGCUUCACGAGGUUGAACGGGCACGCCCACGAUCAGGCUGAGAACUCUCUUCGGCGGAAGACCCCGAGUGGGACCAUCGACAACGGAUACGAUGGGUCAUUAACUCACCUAGCUUCCGGCCCCCCUGCGCUGAAACACAUGAUCGUGCCGGCUUCGUCCCAAAUCUUCCCAACCGCCGUCGUCCACCGACCGCCUAACCAGCCCAUUGGUAUGCUGCAACAACAUCCAGCAGGCCCUUGGGCAUACUCGGCACCCGUGCCCACGGCCAACUUUGAUCACGGGAUAGAGGCCAUGAACGGCCUGUCCGGGACGCCGAACGGAUGGGGGUUGAAGGCUCCGAACCCAGCGCUAGAUCCAAGUGUGGGAGACCACCUCAACUUCCUGCAGCCUGUCCCCCCGCAAAAUCAUCCCGGUGCACCCAACUUGCAACAACUCUUUCGGCCGGGGUACCAACAGUCAUUAUCGCAAACAGUCUACAGCCCCGGCAGCUACCAGCAACCUGCGGUAUGGAGGGACGGGAACUUUGGCUACCAGACGAUGAUCCCGCUUGCAAAUAACUACACCCCACAAAACUCGGUUGACAGCGCAUUCAUGGGGGCUCAGUCCACAAUACACCACGGGCUACUCAACGCUCCGGGACUAGGGCAAGCAAAUCAUUUUGGCCUACCCUUACCGAGUCACCCUCUCGAUGACGGCUUUGCUCGCUAUGGCCCCAACCACAUGACACACUAUGCUGCCAACGCUGGACGAAAUUCCAUGCCGAUGAUGCCUGGUGCCGGGCAAUUCGCCAAAGGCGUCACCGCUGGAGAACCAGGAUCGCCAACCCGGUUCAAGGAAAGGGCGCUUCAAAGUGCCCACAAGUCAUACAACGACCUGCUGCUUCAUCUCACCCAUGCCAAAAAAGUGCACCAUGGACGCAGCGGUUCAAUGUCGAGGCCAUCUUCGAAGAUUAUGGUAUACCCGAAGCCUUCUACCAGCAGCAGCAGUAACAGCGGGAACAAGCCACGACAAUCAGCUGCCUUUGCGGACCCAGCAGCAGGUUAUAUACAGCAAAUGGUCCAAAAGGAAGCAGCCGCCCGAAUGUUCACCCACAACCACUACCAGCGCCCAUAUCACGAGAUGGGCUCCCCUGUCCUCAACGCCAGAGCUUCACUCGACAUGCUAUCUACACUCUGUGAGCAAAGCGGUUGGAAGUGGGUCGAGGGGAUGCUGCUGGGAGGGUGUCUUCACUAUGGCCUGGAGCGUUACGAAGAGGCCCUGGAGUGGUUCAAGCGAAUCGUGAAUCUGGACCCAAGCCACGUGGAAGCUAUCUCUAACAUAGCCGCGACUCUGUACUGCUUGAAUAAGCACGAGGAGGCAGAGCAACACUGGGUGAAGGCUAUCAAGUUGCGCCCGAGCUACCUGGAAGCAGUCGAGCAUCUCGUCAGUCUGCUGUGCUCAUUGCAUAGAAACGGGGCGGCGGUGAACGCCAUCGAGUACAUCCAACGGUCGUUGAGAAUGCCGGGCUCAGACCUGCCUCGGGAUCAAGCCAGCGAGACUGCCAGCGAGGCAGAUCUCGCUUCGCCAAUGACACUCGCCGAGUCGACCCCGGAUCCAUAUGUGCUAGACGCCGAGAGCACUGAUAGCCCAGAGCAACGAUUCGCUUCCAUGGAUGAGGACCGCAAGUCACCCGGUUUCGGUUCCAGCGGUUACCGCAUUCCAGGAAGCGAGAACGGCCGCAUGGUUCUCCUUAUUCACGCCAAGGGGAACAUGCUGUACUCGUUGAAGGAUAUCGACCGCGCUUCGGAGGCCUUCGAAGAAGUGGUCAUGAUCAGUGCUGGAAAACAGGUUCAGGGAGUCAAGCCACUCAUCAGGAGGAUACAAACAGUCUUGGCGCCCCGUGAUCGGUCAGGACAACGCCUGGUCUCUAUCCAGGAAAACUUUUCUGCUCCCCUACUGCUGCCUCCGGACAAAGCGAAGCUCACGGCCCAGCACGUCUUUGCUCCCACCGGCGGCCAGUUACCCGGACUCCAGCACAUGCCUGAAGGGGCGCACAAGCGAUCCGUGGUGGCAACGACGAGCAACUCGCUACUGUCUCUAGCUAAAAUCUACCAAGAUGCGAUGUCGAAUGGCGGCCCAUCUUCCGGUCUCAUCCGUCAGCCCGCGGGUGUCGGUGAUAUCCUAUCCCUUUACUACCUCUCCCUGUCGCUUCAGGAGAGCCCGUCGACCGCCAACAACGUAGGGAUUCUUCUCGCCGGCGUCCAGCAAACAGCGCCGAUACAGUAUAUCUCGGUUUCCGAUAUGGGCCUCGCUGCCAGCGUUCCCGGCAUCGUCCCUGGUAGUGGCUUGUCGCUCGCACUCGCCUAUUACCAGUACGGUCUCACGUUAGAUCCGAAGCAUGUCCACCUUCACACGAAUUUGGGGAGCCUGCUCAAAGACAUUGGACAGCUAGACAUGGCUAUCUCGAUGUACGAGCAGGCUGUGGCGUGUGACGCGUCGUUCGACAUUGCCCUGACAAAUCUUGCGAACGCAGUCAAGGAUAGGGGUCGGGUCAACGAUGCCAUCAAAUAUUACCAGCGGGCCGUGGCCGCGAACCCAGACUUCGCCGAGGCUGUCUGCGGCCUUUCGACUGCUCUGAACUCGGUUUGUGACUGGAGAGGGCGCGGUGGCGUCUUGCUUGCCGGUGGCAAGUAUGAUCGGUGGCAUGUGGACGAGAAUGGCAAGCUUCAGGACGCUAAGGGGCAGGGUCAGGGGGGCGGCCUGAUGAAGCGCGUUGUCGAGAUGGUUGGGCGCCAGCUCAAGGAAUCAUCGACAUGGGGCUGUGGGGUUUUGCAAGAGAGGUCGAUCGUUCAGCUGGCGGCCGAGUUGAGAGAUGCAGGAGCUGGUAUCACAGACGCGUUCCUCGACUUGGAGACCGAACUACGAAAAUGGGCCGGGAGACCAGGUGAGGGCUACCGAGUCCUUCGCCUCAUCGAACGUUCCACCAUCGCCGCCAUGCGUUCCUGGUACCAAGAUAAGCACAUCAGCGGCACCCCAUCGCCGACCGGGUAUCGCCGGCCAAAGCCGCCGGCAAGCCUUUCGGUUCCAUCAGCUCCGACAGUCCUGCCUUUCCACACCUUCACGUGCCCUUUGCCAGCGAAGGAUGUCCGCAUGAUCUCACAAAGGAACGCUCUGAGAAUAUCGUUUUCAACCCUCAGGUCGCCCUGGAUCCCACCCGUCGUUUACGAACCACCCGAUCCGCCGAGCCCCCACCUAAACGUGGGAUACCUUUCCUCUGACUUCAAUAACCAUCCCUUGGCACAUCUGAUGCAAUCCGUUUUCGGCAUGCACAAUCCGCAGCGUGUUAAAGCGUUUUGCUAUGCCACGACGGCGAGUGAUAGGUCCAUUCACCGUCAGCAGAUCGAGCGUGAAGCACCGGUCUUUCGCGAUGUCAGUGCCUUCUCCCCGGACAAGCUGGUUCAGCAGAUCGUUCAGGACAAGAUCCACAUCUUGGUCAACCUCAACGGCUAUACACGCGGUGCCCGCAACGAGAUUUUUGCCGCUCGCCCUGCCCCGAUUCAGAUGUCGUUCAUGGGUUUCGCGGGCACACUGGGCGCCGAGUGGUGUGACUACCUCUUGGCUGAUGCGACCGCCAUCCCGCCGUCAACGCUUCGUCCCCACCGGAACAACCUGACGUUGGAGGACUCUGCCGACGGGUACAACGAGCGGGACGUGACGUGGGAGCAGGAUCAGCAAAGGCGGUGGAGAAUGCGCAAGGAGCUGUUCCCAAGCCUCCCGGACGAUGCCAUCCUCCUCGGGAACUUCAACCAGCUCUACAAGAUCGACCCGACCACCUUCCGUUCCUGGUUGCGAAUCCUCGCCGCCGCGCCGAAGGCCUACCUCUGGCUCCUCCGUUUCCCAGAGCUCGGAGAGACCCACCUGCGCCGCACGGCGCGCGACUGGAGCGGCGAGGGCGUCGCGAGCCGCAUCAUCUUCACCGACGUCGCGCCCAAGCUCCAGCACAUCUCGCGGGCGCGCGUCUGCGACCUGUUCCUCGACACCCCCGAGUGUAAUGCCCACACCACUGCUGCCGAUAUCCUCUGGUCCAACACCCCACUUUUGACGCUGCCGCGGUACGAGUACAAGAUGUGCUCGCGCAUGGCGGCCUCGAUCCUCAAGGGGGCACUACCGAAAGGGCCGGAAGGCGAACGGGCGGCGAAGGAGUUGAUCGCAAACGACGAGGCCGAGUAUGAGGAGUUCGCGGUGCAGCUUGUUAACGGGCUGGCAUACCGGCCACGGGGCGAGUACAGGGAGGGGGUGGGAAGGCUGUCCGAUCUGAGGCGGCUGUUAUUUGAAAGCAAAUGGACCUGUGCGCUGUUUGACACACGGCGGUGGGUCAGGGAUCUGGAGGAGGCGUACGACAUUGCCUGGGGCAGAUGGGAGAAGGGGGAAGGGGGGGAUAUAUACCUUUGAGCCAUGUGGCGAUGGCUUUUGGCUUUGGCGCUGGCUUUGAUGAUCAUCAUGGGGUGCGAUGGCAUGCGAUGGAGAAAAGGGCGAGCGUUGGGCUGGGAGAUUUGGGUUCAGGGAUCCAUUGGGCUGGCAUGCCCGGGUGAUGGAUGGGGGAUUACUUUAGACCUGGUUGCGAUUGCGGUGAUUUCGGUUGUUGUUGAUGUUGUGUUAUCCCACGGCUCCUUUCGCUGAGAAAGAUCUGCUUGCGGGCGGGAAGUCCGAUCGAGCGCGAGCUACGGUCUGGACCAUGCUUUACCCCCUCCCCCUUUUAGCUUAUUUUGCUCCCCCGGC